AUAAAUCGAACAAACCAGAGGAUGCUAGCAAGCCUGAAAUAGACAAUUCAAUACAGGAACAUGAAGAUGUUCGCGAAUACAGAACUGUGAAAGAAUUGGAUGAAGAAAAGCCUGAGAAAGAGAAGAAUGAGGGGGCUGAAGAAAAAACGCGUAGCAGUAACAUCGAUAGUACGAAUACCGGAACAAAGAAAGAUGCUAAUGAAGAGCAAUCAUCGAAGGAUGAACAAAGCAGCGAUAAGGAAGCACAAAAAGAGGUUGCAGAUGAAAAACACACUACUUUAGAAAUAAACCACACUGUGAACGAAAGUGAUUCCAGCAACAAAGGACUGUCAGACAAACUCAAAGAUAUAAUAAUCGCAAUUCAGAAAAUGAAUAAACAAACGAAAGCGCCACAAAAGAUUUUAAUUACGUUUGAUCCAACGACCAACAAGCUAACCAUACGUAUAAUGCCUGUUGUACAGGUGAACAAAGAAGAUACGAAACUGAUAAAUGGUGGUAUUAGGGUGUUGAAUGCAUUUGAACAGAAUAAGAAUAUUUUGAAAUCGUUGUUUCCAAAGGACAUGUACGGAAAGAUUGAGAAUGUAUUGAUUUAUAAGAAUAAACAUGGAGAAUACGAAGAAUACUGGGGAAAGAUCAAGUUUCAUAUGAACAGUAAUGAUGAGUACGUGGAUGAAACGGGCUUUUUGCGAGGAAAAUUGGUAGAUUCAGUCGAAGACAUAGUUGAUAGAGGCAAAAUCACGGAUACAGGUUUCUUUCAGAGCAAGGAUAUGAGUGACGAGCAGUUGAGGGAGUCAUUACAUGUCAUGCAGGUACUGAUAAGUGAAAUAGCGAGGAUAAAGAAUAAACGAAUAGUUGAUGUGAUGAGCG